CCGCAUUUGAUAAUGCAUCUUUCCCCUCGAAUAAGAAAAGAAAAAACAAUGAUAACAUAUGAAUGACCUGAUAUGACAAUGUGAUGAAUUCAGUCAGUGAAAGUAUGUCAAACAGUAUGUAUGAUCUUUCACAAAUCACAUCGAUACCAGAGUGAAGAACAAAUGAAGCAACGCAGAAGCGUGUAAUUGAUUAAAUAUUUAAAUGAUGCAGACUUUCGUUUGUGUGGCAUUAUUAUGCGUUGCAGCGAGUGCAUAUCCAUCUGAUGAUAGUGUAAAAAAUAAAGCCGACAGCGAUAGACCCAAAUUGGAUUGGUGGGAAAAUGGUGUGUUUUAUCAAAUUUAUCCGCGGUCGUUUAAAGACAGUGACGGCGAUGGUAUUGGGGAUAUUCGUGGUAUCAUUCAAGGAUUGGAUUACUUGCAAGAAUUGGGCAUUGACUGCGCUUGGCUAUCGCCGAUUUUUAAAAGCCCUAUGGUAGAUUUUGGUUAUGAUAUUGAAGAUUUCUAUGCAAUCGAUCCAAUGUUUGGGACUAUCGAAGAUUUAGAAGAGCUAUUCGUUGAGGCCAAAAAGCGAAAUAUUAAAAUUAUUUUGGAUUUCGUGCCAAAUCACACUUCCGAUAAAUGUGAAUGGUUUAAAAAGUCAGUGAAACGUGAACCUGGUUACGAAAACUUUUACAUUUGGGCCGAUGGAAAAAACAAUAACAAAGAUCCACCAAAUAACUGGUUGUCUAUGUUCUAUGGUACCGCAUGGACAUUCAAUGAAGAGCGAAACCAGUGGUUCUAUCAUGCGUUUGCAAAAGAACAACCCGAACUAAAUUUCCGGAAUGAAGCUGUAGUUGAACGGAUGAUUGAUGUUUUAAAAUUUUGGCUUGACAAGGGUGCUGAUGGUUUUCGUAUUGAUGCACCCAACUUUUUGUAUGAAGACAAAGAUUUGCGCGACGAACCGUUGAGUAAUUUUACAACUGAUCCUAACAAUCUUUUCUACUUGACACAUGAAAACACACAAAGUUUGGAUGAAGUGUAUGACAUGUUGCAUAAAUUCCGCAAAACUCUUAAAACGUUCGAAAGUAAAAAUAAAGAUCAACUCAUUUUGAUGACUGAAGCUUAUGUGAACGCCACCGAAUAUGUAAAAUAUUUUGGAAGUGAUAAAAGAAUGGGAGUGCACAUUCCAUUCAACUUUGUUCUGAUUGAAGACAUGCACAGAAAGUCAACGCCUGAAGAUAUUAAAAAUAUUAUCGAUAAAAGAAUAGCAAGUGUACCAGCGGGCACCAGACUUAAUUGGGUCAUGGGCAACCAUGAUCGUCCACGUAUUAGUUCUCGAUAUGGCGAACAAAGAAUCGAUGGUUCUUUAACUUUGGUUAUGACAUUACCAGGCAUUGCUUGUACAUAUUAUGGCGAAGAAAUCGGAAUGGUUGAUAAUCGAACGAUUUCAUAUAAUGAAACGUUGGAUCCACAGGCAUGUAAUUUCAAACCAAAUGCAACAAAUUGGAUGGACCAGUCACGUGAUCCACAGCGUACGCCUUUUCAAUGGGAUGGUACAAAAAAAUUUGCUGGUUUUAUGCCAGAGAAUGCAACCAGUAAACCAUGGUUGCCAAUCAAUCAGAACUACAAAGAGUUGAACGUGGAAAUACAACGGAAAAUACCACGCAGUACAUUGAACUUCUACAAACAAUUGAUACAAAUUCGUAAGAGAGACACGUUUGCAUACGGUUCAUACACCUCGCAAGUUUUCAACGAAAAUGUUUUC